UUAAAUAAUCGAACACGUGUAACUGUUUGUGGUAUUGAAGUAUGGAUUACACAGGUUUGUUAUGUAGGUCGAUCACGUGACUGAGCGAUGUUCGAGCUUUUACACAUGUAACUUAAAGUUGCACGUUUUUUUGGUAGCUAUUCGUGUGAUAUUGUCCUCGGGCGGCAUGUUACCAUGUAAACUCCGUGCAAAUUUACCGUAACUUGUUCAUAGCCAAUGUGGUUUUAGGAGGGAAGGACACAACUUCACGGUACUAGAGGCAGGUGGUCAAUGGUAUGAGGGAUUUAUUCACAGAGGAUAGGAAUCGAAACGUAUGUUCUUCAUGUAUGAUUACAGCUGGGACAUGACUCCAGUUACCUCACCGAAAAGUUUUGUACUACUACCUGACUACUACCUACUUGGUGAAUUGGAGCAGAUUUGAAUUCUUUCAACAGUUCAAGCUCGCAAUAAUUGAAUGGGAUACAAAUCGUUGACACAAUCUUACCGUGUAAGUUGUGAUGAAAGAUGAAGGCGAUUUUUGAUGGUGUUGUUGGUGGUGGUGGUGAUGGUGGUGGUGGUGUUGGUAGUGGUGAUGACGAUGGUGGUGAGGAUGAUGGUGGUGGUGUUGGUAGUGGUGAUGAUGAUGGUGGUGAGGAUGAUGGUGGUGGUGUUGGUAGUGGUAGUGGUACAACUACUGCAGGGUGUGUGGAUGUUUACGGCGGUGGUCUUGAUAAUUUGUUGUUAGAAGGAACUCAUUUGUUGUCGGAAGGAUUAAAGAUGUACCACCCAUCAGCAGUCAGGAGUUUUUAAAGUGGUGAAUUUAAACUGUUUUACAACAGAAUGAAGAUUUCUGAAAGAAGUAGAUGGCUAACCUAUUAUAUUUUGGGCCUCAUUUGACUUAGGUAGUGUUGAUGUUUAAAGUUGAAGACAGUAUAUAAUUCAUCAAGAACAGUGGAAUCCAGAAUUAAGCCUCAAAUGUGACUGAUUUACUUUAGAUCAAAGAAUACGAAAAUUCACAAGGUAAAAAUCAUAAUCAGUAAGUUUUAUUGCAAUAUUGAAAGAAAAAGUUAUGAAAAAAGCACAUUUAAUUGUGAUUACUUGUAUUUUAACCCAAAAUUUUAUGCUCUCAUGAAAAUAAAUGGAGUUUAUAUUACAAUUUUAAAGCAAUACGGGCUUAUUCUUUCAUAAAAAUAACUAAAUGACAUUAGC